AUGCCUCCCAAGAAUGCGUCGGGCUCUUCCACAGGACGCAGCAGGAAAAGGAAAACGGACGCGCAAACAGAGAGCUCUGAGGAACCUCCAAUAUCCGACGAUGUGAACUCACCACCUCCCGCCAAAAAGCCACGGGGGCCAAAGUCCGCGAAAGGGAAAGGCAAUGAAAGCACUGUGUUACCAGUGAAUUGGCCCGAAUACUUUGACUAUGUAUUUGUGCGGCAAUCUGUCGAAGGGUUACUGAAACAUUUUAUAUAUGCACUCCCUCCAGCGUUGACGCCAGAAGCAACCAGGAAGCUCAUAAAUAAGAGAAACGAACGUUUUAUCCAGGCUGUAAACGAACUUCUCGAAGCUACCUCUAAGCACGAAGAUCCAGCAUCGCUCUUACGGGAAGCUGCCCGUGAUCACAUCCCAGUCAAUCCUAAUGUCAGGAUAUCCACGGAUCCUGCUCAGUCUGACUCGAAAGGGAACGAGCGACGAAUCCCUGAGCCUGCCGACCGUCCAACAAUAGACGCAGUUAUUGAAGAGAUUCACAGUCAGGAAUGGUAUCAAGAUCAGAUCGUCGACAGAAGGAUCGUCGAAGCGAAGGACGGUGAUAUAGAUUAUCUGGAGCCAGCCCUAUCAAAGACGAUUGCGCAGGCACUUCAAAGCUCACGUAAUAUCACUUCUCUAUACACGCAUCAGGUUAUGGCCAUUUCUGCGCUCUCGCAGGGGAAGAACGUCAUAGUAUCCACUAGCACGGCGUCAGGCAAAAGUGUGAUUUACCAGGUCCCUCUGUUGCGCUUCUUGGAAGAAGAUCCACACUCGACGGCAAUGUUUAUAUAUCCUACGAAAGCCCUUGCUCAAGAUCAGAAGCUUGCUUUAGAACAACUUCUAUACUCGUGCCCGGGCCUUGAGAACGUCAAAGUAUCUACAUACGAUGGAGAUACCCCGCAGGAGCUGCGAGCUGGAGUACGCGAAACUGCUUCAGUGAUAUUCACCAACUUCGACAUGCUGCACGCUUCCAUUCUUCCCCACGAAGAUCUAUGGCGGCGUUUUCUGAAGAAUCUGAAGCUUGUCGCGGUAGAUGAGCUUCAUUACUACUCUAAUGUGUUCGGAAGCCACGUGGCUCAAGUCAUGAGACGGUUCCGGAGAGUGUGCGCUGCUGUGGGCAACAGUAGAUCCCGGUUCGUGUCAUGCAGUGCGACAAUUGCAAAGCCGAAACAGCACAUGGUGGACAUUUUCGGUAUCGAGGACGUGGUAGAAGUUACGGAAGAUGGUGCUCCGUCGGGGCGCAAAGACUACUUGAUCUGGAAUGCACCCUUAUUAGAUCCUAUGGAUGCAAGCUCUGGUAGACGGAGCUCUAUGUCGGAAGCGACUCGCCUGAUGAGGUUCCUCAUGGCAAGAGGAAUCCGUGUUAUCUUAUUUUGCAAGAUACGCAAGGUUUGCGAGCUAGCAAUGAAGGCACUAAGGGCGGAGCUCACCGCCGACGGGCGUCUCGAUAUCCUUGAUAGGGUUAUGGCGUAUCGUGGAGGUAUGUGUGAAUUAAUUGAUCGCCGGAAGAUAGAGAAGGAAGCAUUCUCUGGGAACCUACUUGGGAUUGUCGCUACCAAUGCCCUGGAACUUGGUGUGGAUAUAGGUGUUCUGGAUGCAGUCAUCAUGCUUGGAUUUCCAAUAGGAGGAAUCGCGAGUUUUCGACAACAAGCUGGUAGAGCAGGACGGCGUGCGCGUGACGCUCUGGCGGUUUUCGUUGCCGAAUCCUACCCCAUUGAUCAACACUUCGUAAACAAUCCCAGCGAGCUAUUUGACAAGCCGAUGAAAGACUUAAUCAUCGAGCUGGAUAGUAAAGUCAUCAUAGAGGCACACCUGCAGUGUGCGGCACAUGAAAUGCCUGUGACCCUCGAGGACGAGAAGUACUUUGGUCCAACCUUGAAGGACCUAUGCGAGACAAGCCUUAUUCGGGAUGAGGACGGCUGGUAUCACACACACCCAAAAUUCUUGCCAUUUCCAGCGAAGCACAUCAGUCUUCGCGGUGCAGAAGAAGAGAAAUACAGUGUGAUCGACGUUACGAAGGUCGACAACCCAGGAGGCCAAGCCUUUAUCUUAGAGGAAGUAGAAAUCUCUCGGGCUCUAUUCGAGAUCUAUGAGGGCGGAAUUUUCAUACACCAAGGCCUGACUUUCAUUGUUAAAGAAGUCAGCCACGACUCGAAGACAGCGAAGCUCGUGCGUACUGACGUGAAUUGGAUCACCCAACCACGCGACUUCACCAACAUUGAUGCUGUCCAGACAUAUCGCAUACGGGAGAUCAAAGGCUCCCCUUUUCGUGCCUUCUACGGCCGUGUUGAGUUGAAGACUGUCGUGUAUGCAAUUAUUGAUGCAGUCGACCUUGACACUCCUCCCUGGGAGCGGGAAAGCACGGGCAUGUGGAUGGACGUCCCGAAACCCAUCCUCGAAUUAAUGCGCGAUUCCGGGAUCAACCCAGCCGAGGCUAUUCAUGCUGCUGAGCAUGCAUUCCUGAACCGCUUUGCGCUGGCGAUGGACCUAAAGACAGAAUGCAAGGUGGCUGAGAAGGAGUACAAAACGAAAGCGUCUCAGAGAAAGCGACCGGCUAGGUUAAUCUUCUACGAGCCAACUGGCAAGGGCGAAGGGAUAGCGGUGAAGGCAUUCGAUCAUGUGUCGGAUAUCCUUCGUGAUGCCCACGACGCCGUCGAGUCAUGUCAGUGUGAAGAGGGGUGUGCAGCAUGUAUCGAUAGCCUCUCGUGUAAGGAAGGCAACCUGGUCUCUUCCAAGACAGGUGCCCUGAUUGUGCUCAAAGCAAUCCUCGGCCAUCCCAUUGAUGUCGACCUGAUUCCCGAAUACCCUCCGGAGAUUAGCAACCUACCCAGCACUGUUGUGCAAGCUCCCGCGGUCCGCACUGCUCCUGGCGUAGAAGUUGAAGAAGCAUGA